CAACCGGUAGAUUCGGUGGUAAGUAUACUUCCUCCGUCCAUAAUCACCGAAGUAUUUCAACACGUAGACCAGUACGAUUUGCUUAACUUACUGACGACGUGCACAGCGUUGUACUCUUUGGCCACGGACCGCUUAUACAAGCGAGUAACUGUUCUUCUUAACGCGGAAUUCCCUCUUCGCUUCAGCACUGCACGAGAUUACGUUCUGGAGAACGGGAUCAGAUACAUGGACAGCUCCAUCAUCUUGACUCUCGAUUCUUUGGUCAAAUUUCUUUCAACGAUGAAUUCGAGACCAGACUUGAUCCAAAAAAUCAAGUUCUUUGUAUUUGACAAAUGCCAAAAUCUUGAAAAGAUCGACGUAAAUGCGGUCCAGCUGAACAUAAUCGAGUUCUUUGGAGCUAACGCUCGUGAGCUCAACUUCUUGCACAUCACUUUUGUAGACUUCCUGACGGGAAUAGUCAAGUUGACCAACUUCUUAAGAAAUGCAAACAUCAGAAACAAGAUCUUCAAGUUAUUUGUCACGAAGACCAGUGAGCUCUAUGAGCCGUGUAUACCCCCUAGCUUGACGAAUCUCUUCUUGAUGUUGAAUGAAGUCGAGCUCAUAGAUCAAGAGUACCUUUUUGACUUGUCCAAGCAUCCUUACGAUGUAUUCAACUCUCUUUUUACUUUGACUUGUAGCACAAACCACCAGGUGGGAUUAGAGAUAUUAAGAAAAUUCAAGCUCUUCGCGCCUGGAAUGAAGCUCAAGUUGAAAGCAUUAUCAUUGUUUCAUUGCCAUAAAGAAGCAGUAGAAGGUAGAAGCGAAUUUACAGAUGAAUACGCUUCUCAGUUCAGUUUGUUGAAUCAAGACAAUGACAAAGUUCUUCUUGAGAAGUACAUGCAACAGAUCAGCAAGAAGUUGGACUUCAGCGUCAUUGACGAAAAAGUUGAAGUAGCUAACUUGACGCAUUUGUACUUAAAAGUAGAAUGUAUUGAACAGAGGCACAGCCAAUGUAACUGUUUCGAGACAUUCUUCAAAGACUUGACAAAGUAUUCUGAAAGUCAUGGAGGUUUGCCUAACUUGGUUAAUCUUGAAGUGGAGUCAUUUCCCAACUUGGAUUGGCUCAGACCUCAUCAGAUACUCGAAGAUAUAUUAACUCCGUUAGGUGGUUUUGUUAAGACUUUGAACAACUUAACAAGACUAGCGAUCGACUUCUCUACACCUGGUUUCAAGAUGUUUGACAACAACAUGGGCAUGUCUACGUGGUUGUUGAAUAAGUUGAACGAAAGCUUGAUGGAAUCUUUUUUUCUCUGCUUUUUCACUGCUUCUAACAAGCUGAACUUGGUGGCAAACUUGAAGACGUUGCAGUUGCCUGAUUUCUUGACUUCUUUUAUAUACUAUAAGCCAGAUUUCUUAGAGUCAUUGUUGCACACCUGCCAGUGUUGGGGUUGUGCUUUGGUUUUGGAGAAGUUGGCAGAGUCGUUCUAUCCGAUUUUCAAUGACCAGGACGACGACGAUUUGGAUGAAGAAAGAGACGAAACCGCUACACUUGAUUUAGAGUCGACUUACUACGUGUUGAUAGGAUACAUUUUGGGAAAACUACAAGCAGAUCGUGAAGUGUGUAUUCCCAUCAAGGAAAAGACAUUCAGCUACAGAAACUAUCCUAUUUUCAAGGGCCAGCCUCAUACUUUACAUAACGGUUUCCAUAAGGCUACUGGAGACCAAAAUGGAGCCGAUGCUUGCAGCUGUGCUGUAGAUGAAGAUCCACAGGGCAGGAGUAGCAUGAACAUAGACAACUUGGUGUGUACUUAUAUUGUUCAUCAGUUGGAACCAAUUAUCCAAUACUUGUCGAAUAUUUUCACCAAUUUGGACAACUUGAUGAUCCAUGGAAUUUAUUAUGAAAUCGACAAAUACAACGAUAAAUUGGUUCCAAUAUUCGACAGCAGCGAAUAUCCUGCCCAGUUUCUCGAAAAUAAGAAGGACGAAAUGGAUCGUGGAGUAAAGCCCAGUGGGCCGUUUGGCUACUUCAGAAACUGCUAG